UAGGUACUGAUCAUCGCCGCGUAGAUCAAUCACUCACCAUGCUUCCUCACGCCGCCGUUCCGCAGCGUGCGGCGGCCAUUGUGCCGUCAAAUCCGGCACGCCUACCGCCAUUUCCCGCCAUUUUCAGCCUCGUCAAUCCCCAGGGUUCUCAGCAUCCGCAUCAGGCCUUCAUCCCAUUCCACCGCCUUUCUAGAACCCCUGACACUCAUUUUCGCGCACGUUUUCCCUCCCGUUAUCCCCUCGUUCGCACGGUCUCCUCCUCCCGCGCUCUCCCUUCCCGCUCACCCGCCUUCCGCCUCCAACCGCGCCGGCCCCUGCCACUCCGCCACGCGUUCCAUGGUCCGACUCAACUAGGCCCCGCGGCUUCCCGCGCGAGCGGCGGCGGGAGGAGCGGAGGCGGCGCCGACGCGGAUGAGGGGGAAGCACGCGGCGGAGCGGACAGGGAGCGGGAAGACGGGGGCGUUGCUGCUGAUGCAGAUGAUAAUAAUGAUAAUAAAGAUAAUAAUGAUCCUGUUGGCGGGUUCUGGAAGUCGGUAUCGUCGGCCAUGCAGUCCAUGGCGGACGCGGUGACUCAGACGCAGCGGGAGCUGCUGGAGGGGGAAUACAGCGCCGGCACGCCGUGGCUCGACGAUGAUGACGUGUCGCUGCUCCAUUCGCAGAUCACCCCGUACAACUUCGUCAAGGUGGUGGAGGUGUCUCGCCGCGCGGACAACAGCCUGGCAGGAUCUAGAGUGCUGCUGCUGGACCAGCCAGGGAACAUCCACUCCAUGUACUUCAAAUACAAGCCCUGGACGGACUCCUAUUAUGACCUCUUCACGCUGCUGCCCCCUCUGCUCCCUCCCGGCCCCAUUGCCAUUCUCGGCCUUGCAGCUGGCACGGGUGCUCGCCUGCUAUUGCGCCACUACCCUCAUCUGGAGCUGCAUGGAUGGGAGAUUGACGACCAUGUCAUUCAGGUCGCCCGCUCUUACUUUGAUCUGGAGGAGUUGGAGGACGGCUCGUUUGCUGCUCAGCAGUUGAGACCCUAUGUGCCCUUCAGUGACAGUGACAGUGACACAAUCGAAGGUGACUGUAUAGGGGAGGAGGAAACUGAACGCGAGACACCAGCGCCAUCAGCAGGAACCACAGAAGCAGACACAUCACAUGUGGACGGCGUUGGCCGUCUCGUAGUGCACUGCGGCGACGCACUGUCCACGUCAGCAACCGUAUUGGGCGGCUUCGCCGGCAUCAUAGUCGAUCUCUACAGCCGAGGCGCUGUCGUGGCGCCACUUCAACAGGUGGACACGUGGCGCGCUCUCAGUGGCCGGCUGCACGAGGGGGGGAAGAUUCUGGUAAACUGCGGAGGGGGAUGUGUGGAGGGGGAUGAGUCGGUACAAACCGAUGGAGAGGCUAUAAUGCUAGCGACUUUAGAAGCCAUGGCUGCUGUUUUCCCACCAGAGGCCAUCCUGUGCCAUAGGGUGGGGGAUGAGGAUGGGGAGGAUGAUGAGAGUGAUGACACGGAGUGGGAUGGGAAUGUGAUGGUGCUUGCUGGGCAUGACAGCAUGCCAUGGCCACUGGUCCCCUCUGUGGUAUCAUCACCAUCACCACUAUCGCUGCCAUCACUGGUGCCUUCACCAUCACCAUCAUCGCCAUCGCUAUCAUCACCAUCAGUAUCAUCACCAUCACCAUCGGUGUUACACUUAAGGGAAGUAGUAGGUGCGGAGGAGAGAGCACAGGUGGAGGGAGGGGCCGCAGGGGCGUGGGAGGAGGAGUGGGGAGCAAGGGUACCGGGAGAGCUGAGGGGGAAGGUGAGGCAGUGGAUGCCGCUGGAUAAAUUCGUGCAGGCCCAGGAGCAACGGAGAAAGGCGAAAGCAGCCGCGCUGUUGCGGUGAGGAGGCAUUUCUGGAAGGAGAAAGGAUUUGGAGUGUGCUGGAUGGAGGAAACAUGGGAGGAGUGGGGAGGGAGCAAUGGCGUUGGUUGAUCUGAGUGGGAAGGCGACUUUUGAGUCGACUCAAAAGUCACCUUCUGGAAGGAGAAAGGACGUGGAGUGUGCCGGAAGGAGGGAACAUGGGAGGAGUGGGGAGGGAGCAAGGGCGUUGGUUGAUCUGAGUGGUAAGGUGAGGCAGUGUGUGCCGCUGGGGAGAUUCAUGCAGGCCCAGGAGCAACGGAGAAAGGCAAAAGCAGCUGCGCAGCUGUGGUAACGAGUGGAGCUGGGGUGACAAAUGGAGCAUUGAGGCAGCAUGGGACGUCUGAUUGAUGCACUGUGCUUGAAUUGCAUUUCUCUCCUAGUGUGGUACUGUAAGAGCUCAAAGCAGUGCCAUGUAAU